UUUUGCCUUUCGGCCAAUCACUGAGCACUUCCUUGGACAGCUCGGCACAUUGCUCUCAUCGGACCAACAGCGGACUCAAGGGUUUCUCUGAACGCUGUGGCACGAUGGGUGUGUUAUCCACGUUGAUGAGGGGUCUGGUCAGAGGAGCAGACAGGAUGGCUGAGUUCACCAGCAAGCGGGGAUCAAGGACUCAUAAUAAAGGCAGAGGCGCCAGGCCCACUGGACUGAGGCUCUCCAGCAGGAAGUUUCUGUCCAUACGGACCAUGAUUCCAGAGUUUGUGGUGCCUAACUUGGAGGCCUUUAAACUGAAACCCUACGUGUCGUAUCGUGCUCCUCGAGGAACGGAGCCUCCACUCACAGCACAAAGUGUGUUUGCUGACGUUGUGGCCCCUCAGAUCAAGAAAGACUUUGAAGAGGGCACUUUCAGCAAAGGACAGCUGGAGAAAUAUGGUUUUGAGCCCAAACAGGAGGGGAAGCUCUUCAAGCUUUAUCCCAAGAACUAUGUGCGCUGAAGAUGGACUCAGUGUUAUGUAUUUGCAAAGACUGCUGGGUAGACUGAAAGCUGCAGACUAACAGGGAUGAUGCCUUCACAAAUGGGACUGUUAUAUUUAGAAAGAUAUUUGUUCCUACAAGUGAUUGACUUUUCUGUUACUUCAUCUGGCAAAAUAAAUGAUCAAUGCUG